AUGACUAUUAGAACUGAGUUGAAUAGGAUCCUUUCCACUACAGGAUCUCGCAAAUUAGCAAUAACAACGGCUACUUUGGAAGUAUUUCAGAAAGCUAAAAAGCUCGUAUCGAUUAGUAAGAAAAUACCUAGUUAUUUUUUAGAUUAUAAAGAUAUAUUUCGAGUAUUCAGUGGUAUAGGACUUAUGUCAGCUCAUAAGUGCCAAGGUGUCGACGAGCUAUUCCGAUUAUGGGUCCACGAAUUGAUGAGAGUUUUCGGGGAUAAAUUCGAAACCGACGUAAUGAGGUUAAAUGACAAUUCACCUAGAGAAGAAUUACUCAAAUCUAUCAAAUCCUCGUCCUGCCAACACCUUCGUCAAAGGGUUGAACAAUACAUGAGUCAUCUUAUAAGCCCUGGGCAAUCUUCUCUGCAAGCGCGAGAUCUGAGGAAUUUAUUUUUUUGCAAUUUCGUUUCACACGAGCACAAAUAUUACGACGAAGUUACAAAUACCACCUCGUUAAUGGCAGAUUUGAAAAACUUGACGAAGCAGCACGCUUCAACGUACUCGAUUCCGGACUCGUGCAUUUUAUUCAAAUACGCUUUGGAAUGCAUUUCGAGCGUCGUGCGAGCUUUUCAGAAGGACAAAGGACAUGUCGUAAUGGUCGGAGUGAACGGUAGCGGGCGCAAGACGAUUUUAAAAUUGGCAGCGAUGGUCGUUCAACUCAACAUUUACCAAAUCGAGUCCGAUUCAAACUAUGAUAUUGAACAAUGGCAAAACGAAUUGAAAAAUUUGUUAAUGACUGCUGGAAUGGGUAAUAAACAGUAUGUACUUCUACUAUCUGAUGAUCAGUUACGCGAUGAACGAUAUUUCGACCACAUCAAUACCAUCAUGAGCACCGGUGAUAUUUCCUACAUAUACAAUUCGGAAGAAAAAUCUUCCAUAUUGAAUAAAAUGAUGGAUUUGGCUCACGAAGAGGGUAGUAAAAUCGAUACAGCUCCGGCUACCAUGUAUAAUUUCUUCAUCGAGAGGCUGAAACGUAAUUUGCACAUUGCUAUAGUUAUGAAUCCAGCGAAUCCUUUCUAUUUCAAUAGAUUGCACAUGAUACCUUGUAUUUUGAAAUGUUCGUCUUUUAUAUGGUCGUCUUCGUGGCCUGAAGAUGCGUUAGAAGAAUUUGCGAAUGAGAUGCUUCAAAAAACUUCGCUCUCGGAGCAUCCCCAGUUGCUGAAAGAUGGCGUGAAAUUCUGUAAAAUAAUUCAUCAAAGUGCUAUUAGACAUACCGACAGAUACAACGAAGAAAACAAGAGUAAUUUCUACGUUUCGUCUCAUACCUAUAUUAAAUUCCUAUCAACUUUUCAUACCUUAUACAAGAAUAAAAUCGAAGAAAUAUCAUCGAAAAAGAAUCGAUACAAGCAAGGAUUAGAGAAGCUCAAUUUUACAGCCGAUCAGGUAGUACAAAUGCAAAACGAACUUCAAAUUCUGAAACCUAAAUUACUGGUCACUUCGGACGCCACAGAAAAACUUAUGAUCAAAAUAGAACAAAACACAGUCAACAUAGAAACUGCCAAAGAGAUCGUAGCUGCUGACGAAGCACUAGCUAACGAAGCAGCUGCAGCAUCCCAAGCAAUCAGAGACGACUGUGAAAGUGAUUUAUCAGAAGCUGAACCAGCUCUCUUUAGCGCCACCAAUGCUCUAAAUACACUGAAGUCGUCAGAUAUCACCGUGAUAAAAGCUAUGAAAAAUCCACCAUCGAUAGUAAAACUGGUUUUAGAAGCAGUCUGUGUGAUGAAAGCGAUGAAACCAGAACUGAAAACCGAGGUGACUGGCGUUACAAUGGAGGAUUAUUGGCCUUCAUCGUUGAAAUUACUCAGCGACGCGAAAUUUUUAGAAAAUCUGAAAUAUUACGAUAAAGAAAACAUAGAUUCUGAUAUCAUGUCCACCAUACGAGAAAGGUAGGUAUUUUGAAUGCAUACUCUGCAGCAUCCAUAACGUUGAGGUAAUCUCUCUU